UAUUGCCCAAGUGUCUAAUCUAAAUCACAGCUCACAAUCAAAGAAGGCUAUCGUUUCUGAAAUCACCUUGCAAGCUAUCAUCACCUGCACGUAAGAAAGACAACACAUAAUCUGAAGAAAGAAAUAUACGCACGUAACCGGAACUGAGGAAACAGCUAUAUAUGCACACCAUGGUUUGGAAAAAUAUUGGAUUUGAGAUAUUCGCCGAGAAAUUUGGUAAAGAGGAGCUUGAGAAGCGAGUGAAAGAUGAACACACGCCACCAUCAGAUUCUCCUGUAUUCGGCGGUCUUAAAUUGAAAUUAAAGACAGAAAAAUUCAAGACCUUAUUCACCCUUGCCACUACCUUAAGGGGAUUUAGCAGAAGUACCCACACUGUUGGUACUGGCGGAAUUGGAGAAAUAAAAAUCGUUGAUGAUCCGAGAUUUCCUGAACACGAAUUCUUUAGAGCUGGUCGAAAAUUCCCUGCAAGAUUACGUCAUGCAAACAGCAAGUACAUGGAUGAUGCUAGUGCUGAUGCUAGAUCAUUCUCGAUCAAGUUUGCUGACAGUGAUAGUGAGAGUCCAAUGGAUAUAGUUAUGAACACUGGUGAAGCUAAUAUAUUUUGGAACGCUUCGAGUUUUGAGGAUUUUGUUCCUAUGAAAGAAGGUGAAUCCGGUAAAGAAUAUGCUUACAAGAAUCCUUACUAUUAUUACUACCUGGUCGAGGCCCUGAGACGAGCUCCUGAUACCUUUGCUCAUCUCUACUACUAUUCUCAAGUUACGAUGCAUUUUAAAGCAAAGGAUGGUAAAGUUCGUUAUUGCAGAUAUCGUGCUCUUCCUGGAGAUGUUGAUAUCAAAGAAGAAGAUGAGAGUGGAAGAUUGACAGAGGAAGAACAAAGAAAAAUUUGGAUUUUCAGUCGCCAUGCUGAUGAGAAACGACCAACCGACUAUUUACGCCAAGAGUACGUCAAUCGUCUUUCUAAAGGCCCAGUAAAUUAUCGCUUGCAAAUUCAAAUACAUGAAGCAUCUCCAAAUGACACUGCAACCAUCUUCCACGCUGGUAUAAUGUGGGAUAAGGAAACACACCCAUGGUUUGACCUUGCUACGGUCUCAAUCAAGACACCAUUGUCACCAGAUGUCCUGGAAAGAACUGGUUUCAGUAUCGUUCACCAACCUGAUUCGUUAGGAUUACUCGAGGCUAAAUCACCUGAAGAUUACAACAGUAUCGGACACUAUCGAGUUGCUGUAUACUCUCGCGUCCAGCAACUUCGUAAACUGAAAUUUGGAUCUGUGAUUCCAGCUGAACAGAACGCCGUCUACAAUAUCGAGGUUGAAACAGGAGACAGGGAGCAUGCCGGGACGGAUGCGACUAUCACCAUCAGAAUAACAGGUGUCAAAGGUCGUACAGAUUACCUGAAGCUGGACAAAUGGUUCCAUAAUGACUUCGAAGCAGGAAGCAAAGAGCAAUACCAAGUGGAAGGUUUCGAUGUCGGUGACAUUCAACUCAUUGAACUUCAUUCUGAUGGAGGAGGAUACUGGUCAGGUGAUCCAGACUGGUUUGUAAACAGGGUGAUUGUUUUGAGCUCCACUCAAGAUCGUGUCUACUCUUUCCCAUGCUUCAAAUGGAUAUUCAAGGAUAUGGUACUAUUUCCUGGUGAAGCAACUCUACCAUUCCAUAAAGUACCAGCCAUAGUGAGUGAACAUCGACAGAAGGAACUUGAAGAACGCAAAGUCACAUACCAGUGGGAUUACGUCUCUGAUGAUAUGCCUGGAAAUAUUAAGGCUAAAACACAUGACGACCUCCCACGAGAUGUUCAAUUUACUGAUGAAAAGACCAGAUCCUACCAGGAAAGCAGAAAAGCAGCUCUCGUCAACCUCGGAAUCGGGAAGCUGUUCACAUUGUUUGAAGACUGGGAUUCAUUUGACGAUUAUCGUAUCUUAUACCGUAACUGGAUCCUUGGUGACACACCCAACAUGGCGGAUAAAUGGAAUGAAGAUCGCUGGUUUGGUUACCGAUUCCUCAAUGGAGCUAAUCCUGUGACACUAAUUCGUUGCGACGCACUUCCUGAGAAUUUUCCGGUGACUAAUGAUGAUGUGAAAGCCUCGUUGGAUAGAGGAAAGUCAUUGGAAGAUGAAAUGAAGGAUGGACAUGUCUACAUCGUUGACUUCAAGGUACUGGUAGGUGCAAAGUGUUAUGGUGGUCCAAUUCUUGAAGACAUGGGAUACAAAGUUCCUGAUAAUAUCAAUCAUGAGAAUGCUGAUGUUCGUUACUGUGCUGCUCCUCUCGCGCUGUUUUAUGUUAAUAAGCUGGGACAUCUUAUGCCAAUUGCUAUACAAAUCAACCAAGAACCUGGUCCUGAGAAUCCAAUAUGGACACCGCAUGAAGAAAAUGAACAUGACUGGAUGCUCGCAAAAUUCUGGCUGGGUGUGGCUGAAUCAAAUUUCCAUCAGCUCAAUUCUCAUUUGUUGCGAACUCACUUUACUACGGAAUCAUUUGCCUUAUCAACCUGGCGAAACCUUGCUUCACCUCAUCCAGUGUUUAAAUUGUUGCAACCUCACAUCUAUGGCGUUCUUGCAAUUGAUACCAUUGCUCGUAAAGAAUUGAUUAACUCAGAUGGAAUUGUUGAUCAGUAUUUGUCUUUAGGAGGUGGUGGUCAUGUAGCAUUUAUGGAGAAGUGCUUUAAAGAAGUUAAUCUUCAAGAUUACAAUCUUCCACAAACAUUGAAGAAACGUGGCGUCGAUGAUCCCUCAAAACUACCAGGAUUUUAUUAUCGAGACGAUGGCCUUGCAUUGUGGGAAGCCAUUAAAAAUUUCGUUGGUGAUAUCAUUGGUAUUUACUACAAGAACGAUGAUGACGUGAAAAAAGAUAACGAGAUUCAGAGUUGGAUCUUUGAUGUUCAUAAGAAUGGUUGGCGUGUUAAUCCAGGUCAUAAAGAUCACGGUGUUCCAGCAUCGUUUGAAAGUGCUGAACAAUUGAUCGAAAUCCUCACCUCAGUUAUUUUCACAUUUUCCUGCCAACAUGCUGCUGUCAACUUCAGUCAGAAAGAUCAUUACGGAUUCACUCCAAACGCCCCAGCUAUUCUUCGACAACCACCACCAAAGAAAAAGGGCGAAGCGACAAUUGAGUCAAUUCUGUCAACUUUGCCGAACAAAUCUCAAGCAGCCAAAGCCAUUGCAACUGUUUAUAUUUUAACAAAAUUCUUUGAAGAUGAGCGUUAUUUGGGAAAUUACAGUGCCACAGCAUGGGAAGACCAGGAAGCCCUUGAUGCUAUCAACCGUUUCCAAGACAAACUUGAAGAUAUUUCCAAGAAAAUUAAGGAGCGAAACGCAAAUUUAAAGCUUCCAUACACCUAUCUUCUUCCUGAACGUAUUCCUAAUGGAACUUCAAUCUAGUUUGAACUGAAAAUGACGAUAUGAUUAUACUUCGUAUUGAAUUCCUUUUCUUUUAUUUUGUAUUUCAUGGAAUAGUUAAACCAAUUGAAAUUCUGCUUUCUUAUUCUUAAUUCAAUUAAUGAACUAAUUCUCACUAGCGAAGAUAGAAACUGAUUUAAGGAACUCCAUACAAUCUUGUUGGUAUCUGUUGUUAGCUAUAUCAUAGAUAUCCAUCUCAGUAAUAAAAAUGUCUCAAGGCAGCCAUCUUGCUGGUAAGUGAGUGUUUAUUUCAUGAUAUUGC